CUGUCUAUGUUUGUCAUUUUAAACAAGAGACUAUUUCAUGUUAACUGAAGCAAUAUGUAUUUUACUAAAUGUAUCUUGACAGGCUUCUUUUAUCAUUGGUCAUGCAAUCAUUCGUAAAACGUAGCAAGUCGUACAGUUGCUUGUUUCGCCGCUUCAAAGAACGAAUAACAAUAAACAUGAUUUUCUUUUUGUUUUUUUCUUUAUCGUCAUGGUAGACUAUCAACAAGAAAUAACAGAUUUGCUAGCAUAUUGCCAAAAUGAAUGGGUGAAUUUGGAAAUUAUGACUAAACAAAAGAAAUCAACGCCCUCUAUACAACUUGCUGCACAAGAUCUACGUGAAGGAAUCAAGCAACUAGUUCAACUUCAAGACAAUCUUGACGAAAUCGAGCAUGUUGUUGACAAUAAAGAAUGGAGUAAACGAGCAGAUAUUAUCUUAUACGAUGUAAAGACAAAACUACAGCAUGCUACUCACUUAACUACCAAUAUUAAACCAAUGACAAGUCAGUCCUCACCGUUGAGACUAUCAAAUACAUUCAAGAAGGCAAAUGAAAGCAUUUCGGACAUCAAAGAAGAAGACGAGGAAGAAGAAGACGACGACGAGUUUUUGGAUGCUUCUGAUCAAGCCAAUGUACCUGAAAGAAGCAGUAAACUACUCUUGAAAAUUGAACCAGAAGCAUCAAUUGAUGUAAUGACAUCACCUUCACCUAUCUCGAAUCAACAAAAGGAAUCUUCUCGACCCACUUUUGGUCGACGAUCUGUGAUUUUAACUGAAGAUACAAAUCUUGAAAAAAAGCCCAAAACAAGCUUAUUUCCUUUACUGAAAGGCCUAAGAACGUCUCAGUCUACACCUGUAAAUUACAGUGCACCUGUUCAUAUUAAUUUUUUCAAAGACGACAAUGUGCAGAAAGAUGCUAAAGAUUUUAUAUUUGCCACAGAUGCCAUUGUUGAUCAUCCUUUGCGAAUAGGUGUUGGAUAUGGUAGUUAUAUCUGUUAUAGUUGUACCAUUUUAAGCGACAAGGGCGCACCUAUUACAGUCAGAAAGCGAUAUUCUGAUUUUGUUGAUUUAAGAGAAGAAUUGGUUAAACAACAUCCCACAUUAAAAAGAAGCAUACCAAAAUUACCGCCCAAAAAAGUCGUUGGUAAAUUUACCCCAUCUUUUGUUGAACAGCGUAGAAAAGACUUGGAAUAUUUUUUUAAGUAUGUUGUAUUACAUCCAACACUAGGUGCAAGUCCGAUUGUUAGACAUUGGAUUGCACCUUGAUCAAUAAAGAUGUGUCUUUUUAGAAUAUAAAGC